AUGGCUCCAGGAACGCAGCAUCUCGCUAGUGGAGCAGACUUUGUGCCGACACUUCGUAGUGACACAUACGACUACAUUAAACCAGAGCAGUUCGACCUGAAAGAUCGCGCAGUGCUGAUAACAGGAGCCUCGAAGGGCAUUGGCAGGGAGACUGCGUUCUCCUUCGCCAAAGCUGGUGCUUCGAAGAUAGCCAUUGCCGCCAGAUCUUCGCUCGACUCGCUGAAGCCGGAGAUCGAGACUGCAGCCAAGAACGCCGGCAGAUCAGUCCCUCAGAUUGUAGUACUGAAGCUGGACGUCGCCGACUAUGACAGUGCCGCGGCAGCUGCAAAGGAAGUUGAGCAGACCUUCGGCCGACUCGAUAUCCUCAUCAACAACGCUGGCUUUCUGGAGCCGUUCAAGCGGUUGCUCGACUCCGACCCAAAGGAUUGGCGAAUGAGUGUUGAGACGAACCUCAUCGGUAGUUACAAUGUCACCAGAGCUUUUCUGGGCCUUAUGCUCAAGUCUCCCAAUGGUCUGAAGGAGAUCCUCAUGCUCAGUAGCAUUGGCGGGAACUUGGUCUUGCCUCUCGGCUCAGCAUAUGGACCGUGCAAACUAGCUUUGCAGCGUUUCAGCGAGAUCAUCUGUGCCGACUAUCCCGAGGUCCUGGCCUUCAGCAUUCAUCCUGGAGGUGUGUUGACAGAACUGGCAAAGCGGAUGGGCAAGGAGAUGGAGGGUCUUUUGACUGAUACACCACAGUUAGCUGCUGAUGCCAUGGUAUGGCUGACCGCAGAGAGGCGCGAAUGGUUGCAGGGACGAUAUGUCUCCGUCACUUGGGACGCGAAGGAGUUGGUUGAGAAGCGAAAGAAAAUUGAGGAGGAAGAUCUCUUGUUGGUCAAGCUUCGCGUUGACUAG